AUGGCGGGGAGCAGAAGGAGCAACAAAGCAUCAGCGACUUUACAAAAGAGAAGUAGAGGAACAUGGCAGAGAGGUCUAACUGGAUGUGGAGGCGAGGAGCAAGGAGGAACGAACCUGGGGAUGGGAAGAACAAAAAGAAAUGACAAAAAGCCAAACAAUGUUGAGGAAAGAAAGGAUAAAAAACCAAACCAAGAACCUUUUGGAUUGAAGUUUGGACAAAGCCCUUUAAACAAGCAACCUUUAAUGAAGCAGGACAAGUGCAAUGACAAGUCUAAGGCCCAAGCAGGGAUGAAUCAAAGCCAUUCAGAGGGGUACCAACAUCGAUCAGAAAGAUUUCAACGACAAUCAGAAGAAAAUCGACACUAUUCAGAGAGAUUUCGAGGCCAAGAAAAGAGAUCUCGUGGUCGAGAAGAGAAAUCUCAUGGCCACACAGAAAGAUCUCGUAGCCAAUCAUGGAGAUAUCAUGAUCAAAGAGAGAGGCCUUGUGGCCAAGUAGAGAGAUCUUGUUACUAUACAGAAAGAUCUUAUGGCCAGUCAGAGAGAUCUCAUUACCACUCCGAGAGAUUCCAUGUUCAUGCAAAGAGAUCUCAUGACCAUUCAAAGAGAUCUAAUGUCCUAUCAAAGAUAACUUAUGGCCAAAUAGGGAGAUUUCAUGGUCAAUCAGAGAGACUUCAUGACCAAUCUGGGAGAUAUCAAAGAUACUCACCAGCAGAAACUGAGCCUGAAUUUGACAGGAUUUUUGCAAUGAAAAGAAGGAAUGAAUACUUACGAAAGCAGAUGCAGCAAAGAAGUGAUUCAAGGAACAUGAAUCGAAAUAUAUCACCGGAAAAUGAUCACCUGGCCUAUGAAAAGUUUAAAAGACGUGAAAGACUCAAGAGGCGUGAGAUUAAAAGUUUACCCCUAACAACUACAUAUGCUACAACCAAGUAUUCUCAGCACCAGCCCAAAGGAAUACACCUGGAUUACAACUUCCCAGCAAUUGGUAAUCAGACUAAGCUUUCACUCCAUGAGAGAUUUUCUAAGCUGAUGAAGAAAAACCCAGGACCAGUCAGUUUUGAAGACUAA